AAACAAGUGGAACGUCGACGGUAGUGGAUGUACGUAGUCCUAUGAGAAAGUUUUCUUCGUGAAGUGAGUUAAGUGAUACCGAGUAGAUCGGUGCUAACACAUGGUUCGGCAAUCCGGCCACGGGAUGGAGACCACUUUUUACGACGAACAGUAUCCCCUGAGCGGCCCAGUGGACAGUCUAAAGCGGUCUUUGACAUUGGAUUUGGACUUCGGGCGAGGCGGGAAGAGGGCUCGCGGAACCGCUCCCGUUCUCUCUUCUCCAGACCUACAGCUGCUCAAGCUCGGUUCACCGGAGCUGGAAAAACUUAUAAUGCAAAACGGCAUGAUCACAACGGCUACACCGACACCGGGCGGACAGGUGAUGUUCCCCGCCGCGAUACCGACGGAAGAACAAGAGAUGUAUGCGAGACCGUUCGUCGAGGCGCUGGACAAGCUACACCACAGCGAGCCCGCGCCCAUCGGCAGGAGAGUGUACGCCGACCUCGACCGGCCGCUCGACCGAUACCCUACCCCCGUCGUCAAAGACGAGCCACAGACCGUACCCAGUGCCGCCAGUACGCCUCCUCUGUCGCCCAUUGACAUGGACACACAGGAAAGGAUAAAGUUGGAACGUAAAAGACAAAGAAAUCGAGUAGCCGCUUCGAAAUGCCGGCGACGAAAACUAGAACGCAUCUCGAAGCUGGAGGAGAAGGUGAAACUAUUGAAGGGCGAGAACGCGGAGCUGGCCCAGAUGGUGGUGAAACUGAAGGACCACGUCUCGAGGCUGAAGCAACAGGUGCUAGAGCACGCGAACGGUGGCUGCCACAUCGACACGCACUUCUGAGCGCGCUGCGCCGCCGCUCCCCACAUUCCAUGCUAGUCGCGCCCGCUCGGACGCAGCAUACAAAGCGAUUUGUGAUCUUAAUUUUACCGUGUAAUAUAUAGUUAUAUCUAGUGUGUAAGGUGAAGCUAUAAUGAGGAUGUUGUGUUAAGUUUGUUAAGAUGUUGCAAGUGAUAUGACAGAACCUCCGAUCGGGCGUAACGCUCGGGUGGCCCUAGACGAAGGAUGUACUUAGUGAGUUUCGAGUACAUAUAUAGCUAACGUUGUAAGUCGCCGCUAUGAUUUUUCUUGUAUCAGUAUUGCGUUCUCAUUUAGAAUAGUGUAGAAACUAGAAAGGAUAAUCAUGCAACGUCAUUCGACUGCAGACUAAACGAAGCUGACUGCUGAGGCGACGUUGCCAGCUGUGCUAUAAAUUUCCCGUUCGAGCGAUGUUGCCGUACAGCGUACACUGCUUGUAAUAUUCGGAUUUGCGUUGUGUGAUUUAGGUAGAGACCCAAGACAGUGUAAAGCAUUGUAUAUUAUUAAUAUAUUGAAUGAUAUAAAUUUUAUAAUCGAAUACAAAUUAUAUUUAUUGUUUUAUAUAGAAAUCGGAGGGAAGCUUCACAUUUGACGUUGACAGGACAAGAUUAUAAUUAGUCAAAAGGGAUGUAAUUAUUGGUUAAACUGGCAACGUCGCACCCAGUCGCGACUCACGAGCGGAUGUUCUGUUAAUUAAAAUUCCGCCUGCGCCGCCCUCGCGGAAUGGCGGCCAUGUGUUCGGCAAUCGGACGUUCCGAAUCACGUUCUGUUGCACAAGGUUAACUUUUUUUCAUUAUAAUAAUGGCGCCUCGAUGCCUGACGGAUUUGUUACGCUCGAUGAUACGCAUUGCUAGUGUGAAAGACUGAUAGCGUGCGAGACGGAGUGCCUUGCUCUAGAAGUCUAGAGUGACUGAUGUGUGAGUGCGAGAUGCGUACUUCUAAGUUUUGUAAACGUCUCUGAAGCGACCCGGUGCUCUUUAAAGGUCUUAUAACGUGAGGCCGUCCGAUUAAAAAUUGUGAUGGACGAACGGAUGCGUGUUUUGCGAGCGGACUGAAUGUACAGCGAGAUUGUAUGAGCGAUGUAAUUUAUUAGUGAGAAUGUGAAAUUAAUUAGGAUCAAGUAGCAAUCUCGAGUGCCUACGCUUUGUAAACUGAAGCCUAUACUUAUGUUUUUAUUGUUUUUGUUACCAUUUAAUGUGCUACAGUGAAAUGUUCUGUACCAUUCUUAUAGUUUUUUGUAAUAUAUCGAUUAACAAGUUGAAUUGUUAUAUAAUAUUGGGGAACUUGCUGUCGGAAUGAUUAUGAAACGUACGUAGUGUAGCUCGGUAAGAUAUACAUUGUACCUAUGAGAACCGGAGACAGCAAGGGAACCUUUUUGUAUUAUUUUUAUACAAAAUCUUCAAAAUGUUAACAAAUAAUUUGUAAGUUUAUAAAGAUAAAACAGUUAUACUAAAAUAAUAUAUUUUUAUGAAUUUAACAAAGAAAUAUUGUUUUAUACUGAAUACGUAUUGUAUGAUAAAACUGAAUGAAAAAGAAAAAUAAAUUAUGAAUAUUAUUAUACCAUUA